CUAAUUAAGAUAAAUUUACUCUAAUGCCCUUAUUUUAUUUAUUUUAGACCAAACAAAAAAUAAUUCAAUAAUUUUCGAGCUAUUUGGAACAGAGGAAUCAUAUUGAACAAUUUUGUAAACACUGUGAAACACGAUACUUAGGCUUGCAGACUUUGCAGAGGGCACCGAGGGAGUAGGGAAGGAAUGUGAAGGUUGGUUUCCAUGAGAAGGAGGGAUAAUGUGAAGCAGAGUGAGCAAAUCUGCUUUGUUCACAACAUGGGCUAGUGACCAUAUCAUGGCUUGCUUCGAAUUGAUCCACCACCGCCAUUACUCUUUAAUUUCCUCAUCACCAACCCACUGCUUCCUCCGUCAUCGGAUUAGUGACUCUGCAGGCGGCCGGUCAACUCGUCUUCCAUUUGGGUUGUAGCAGAAGCAGGGGAGGUAUAGAAACAGAGCAACAUGGAAGUUGCAGAUUCGGGUGGGGGAUGGGUGAGUGUAUCUGGUUGGGAUGGAUGGAGGGGCGAUUGGAAGCGGCGGCGGCGACAGUUUUUCUCGAGCCAUAUGUGAUGUUAGGAUUGAGUUGUGAUGGCGGCAGUUCUUCUCUGCCCAUAGUGGUCAACGGGUUUGGAGGGUUAGAAUUGAAUUAGGGGUGAUGUGUCAUUUCAGUAAAGUUUAGGGCGAUAAAAUUUAAAUUUUAGGGCGGCGAAUAGCAAUUCAGAAUUUCAAAUAUUCGUUCACAAUUGUGAAUUGUCAGUUCGUCACAGGCUCACAGCCUCUGCUCAAAUCAAAACCCCUAUCAUCUUAAACAAUUAUAGUAAAUUACAUGUGACACCACAACUCUUCUUCCUUUCUAUGAGUCAUCCGCACACUCCUCAAAAACCCAAUCAUUCAAUUACAGAGCUACAUAAAAUGGUGACUACCCACUUCGAUUCUCGCCCUUAUGAACCAGCCCUCAGGGGCGGAGCUACAGCUAGCCUAAGGGGCCCCGACCCCCUCGAGAAUCUCGGAAGUUACGUGUAAAAUUUUCGAGUACUUUGAAAUUUCAUAUAAUCUAAGUGUAAUUAACAAAUAAUUUGAUGUGUUAAAUAGUUUGUCAAUUUGAAUCUAGUCCACCGGAUAUGAUAUCUUAUAUAAGGCCAAUGUCAGGGGUUCAAUACCUACUAGUUGCAAUUUUUGUUAUGUUAUAAGUCAAUUACUCAAUCGUAUAUUUUGUUUUUUCCAAGUCCUUUUUUUUUGUAGAUUUUUCCAAGUCCUUUAAUUUAAAAGUAGGGAUUAAUUUUUCAAUUCGAAAAUAAGAGGAGUUUCAUUUUUAUUAAUUCUCACAUUUUUUAGGAAUGACGGAGUAAGAAACUUCGGCCUCCCCGAAUACUGAAUCCUGGCUCCGCCCUUGCCUGCCCUCAUUUGCUCCAAUGGAAAUCGUUGCUAGGAGAAAGACCAGAAAAAAGGGAGGAAGAUGGCUGAGCAUUCUUUGGCAGUGGAUUCAUGGAUGAGGGAAGCUCAGGAAGCUUCGAUUCUGAUGGAGGGUUUGGAGAACAAGCGGCACGUGGAUGCUGCAGCUGAGUCGAAGCUUGUUGAGCUCGGAAUCAAGCUGGAUUGCCUCGAGUCUCUCCUUCGCAACCCGCCUUCUAAACAUAUCUUGUAUGAUUCUUCUUCACUCUAAAUUAGUUGUUUCACACAUAUUAGAUGGAUUCCGAACGAUUAGUUUCGAUGGAUGGAUGGCCACAUUCUUGAAUUUGUGAGACAUGACGCAACUGAGUCAGAAUUGGGGAUUUUUGUAUCAUUCAUCCCCUCAAUUGUGAACCAAUUAAAGUCCAAACUUGGUCAUUAAAUGCAAAUGAUGAUUGAAUUUGAUAAUAAUUCAAGCAAAUUAGCAGCCUAAAGGAGGCUCGUAUUAAGGACUGUAUUUAAAUGGGCGAUCCAGCGAUGAUUGAAUUUGAUAAUAAUUCAAGUAAUUACCAUAUCCAAGUUCAAGAAAUAUCCACACGUCUUGAAACUAUCUGCAACAUUGAUCGUAGUUCAAAUAAGUAUCUUGUCGGUCAACACUUGAUCGCAAUUCAAAAGUGUAACUCCUGCAACAUUGUGUGUAUGACAAUUUGACUUUGUGGGAAUAUCACUCUUUUUCGAUUUGUGAUCCUGAGUUCGGUUCAAGAGUUUAUAGAUCCUCAAAGUUGAGUGUGGAGAAUUUUGUUGCAACUUCCUAUAACCUCUCUAUUUAUAAAUUGUUACCGACAGGAUGUUUGGAAGAACCAAAGGUUGAAUUUUUUUACUUUUCCUUAUGCGUCUAAGUGUAAAGGAUGAAAUUCGCGUGAGUGAUGUACUACAGAUAUGCAUUUGCAGAAAUGAGCAAGAGCUGGAAUAUCGCUGGAAGAUGCUAUCAGACUUCAGGCUAAGAACAAGAACACAAGCUUUUAGCCUCUACCGCACUCCCUCUCCAAUGAGGUAAUGGUUUAUGAUUAUGAUUGCAAGUGGUUCUUAUUCUUCAUCAUUUUCAAUUUUGGUAGCCUUUUCCACAUAGUUGCAACAAACUUGGACUACUAGUCUUUCUUUGGUGCAAUUCAGUUGAAUGAUUGGCUGAUACAAGCAUCAAAAGCCAUGAGCAAGGUUUGAAUGAUGGAUGACUUAGAUCAUAGGGUUUCUGAUAACUCAGAAAAAGUUACAGUCAUAAGUUAUUGGGCUAACCAUCUUUAUGUUCAAAAUGAAGCUCAAGUGGAACACUCUUCAAUCUCAAGACAUGAUCGAGAAAUGCCUCAACCUUUCUUUUAAGUCGACACCCAUUUGUUUCAUAUUAAUGAAAUAUCUCAGUAGUGGUUCAACGCUUGUGAUCUCCGUCAUUUUUUGCCUUCUGUUGCAGUAAGACGAUGCAGGAAGAAGCCAAUCACAGGUAACCUUGCCACCUUCUUCCAUUUGGUGGGGAAAAUAUCUAAUCCUUUUUCCUAGUUUCUUUUUUUACAUAGUUACUCAAUUUUUUAAUGAAUAAGCAGAUGAUGAACCAUAACGAAUCUCAUUUCGCAACGAAUAUAGUCAAAAUUGUGUGCUGGACUGUUUUUAUAUUUCUUGGGGCAGCGACACUUCUCUUCAUCUUGGUUUUCAUUUGCUCAGCUAUAUGAUCUGUUAAUUUGCAGAAAAGGUCGAGACUUAAACUUUAGUACAUAUUUUGUUAUCCAUUGUACAGUUUAGAAAACUGAUGAGCCAACUUGGGCAUAGUUGUGCAGUUAAAGUGUCGAGAUAUAUACAAACAAACGAUGCAGCUUUUUUUCUGACCCCAAGAUCAUUUCCAUGAUGUGAAGUUACCGCAUCCAAUGAUUCAAUGAUAUCUUUCAAUAUUCUGAACUAGUUCUUUGAGUUCAUCAUGAAAAUUGCAGAUACAUUGCGCAGACUGUCAAAGAACAUAACUUUGAAUGACAAAUUUUUUUAACCUGGGAGUUGGAUUGUUGCUCUUUGUCCUCGGGGUUUUGAAGCAUGUGAAUCAAAUUCAAAAUAUGUUCGAAUGCUUUCACUGACUUUCUCUUCUACCAUUACCCUUUUUGUUUGGAGACAAUUUACCAUUCUACUUAACUUCUUGUACAACUCUGCAAUUACAUUUCAUGUCUUCUUAGGUACAUUUAAACAUUUCCUCUGGGACCUUGUACAAUUUCUCAUAAAUAAGUUAUUCAAUUUUACUUCUCUCUCUUUUUCCUAUGAUUGUCCACAAGUGACGCUGAAACUGGUUUCUCGUAUGUCAAUGAUUGUACCAUUUUGCACAAGAGUGAAAAGAGCCAAUGCUAACUAGGAUUCUGUGAAAGAUCAUGCCUUUAUUUUGUCUUAGAUCUGCAUUUAAGAGAACUCGAACACAAGACUUACUUAACCUCCAAAAUAUUUCUAGAUAAAGAUGAGUGAGGGGGAGAUGAAGAAAUGACACAAAAAUUGUACCAAAUUAUCCAGGGGAGGAGUAGAAAACCCCAUUUCUUUUUUCCUUGGAGAAAGAUGGAGGGGAAAGGGGAAUAUUGUAUUGUUCUGUAGCAUGCAAGAAAAUGUGAAAAAUAGUAGUACUUUUGCACAAAGGAGAAUACAUAAUUAUAGGUCGCCCUUUCUAAGCAAAGCAAACCCCCUCCACAACAUUUUACCUCUUCCCAAAGUUUUCUUCACCCUUUUUAUCCCCUUUCAUGAACCCUUCUUCUUCACCUUCUUCUCAACUUCACCUAUCAUGAAAAAACUCAAGACAUUUCUCUUCCAGAUUGGGUGGCUUCAUAAACAGCUACAACAGAUUGGGUGGCUUCAUACUCACCAUUUAAGAAGUUUUGGUCUAGAAUUCGAUCGCACCACCGUAGAAACAGUACUCUUCUCUACUCUUCCUUCUCCUUCUUGAUGUUGCUUACGUAGGUUCAUAGUAGUUCAUGGUGUAGUAAAUGUCUCGAUAUCUGUGUUAACUGUAUGUUGUGGUUGAAUUUUUUUUUGUUAUAGGAACCACGAGAGGGAAAGGGGGCAUAUAUGUGUUGUACGAGGAUGUCAAGGCAUGUUCUUGUGAGGAUGUUCAUGUUCUCUGGUCUAGCCUCGUGGAAACCCAUUUGGUAUCAUCUUAAUAUUCAUGUCAUGAAAACGAAAAAAUUUCAUGUAAGGAACCAAAUGUUCAAUGUGUUCAUGGAGAAGGAUUUUCCUUAAGCUUGACUUUAAGUUAUAUUAUAUGAUACAAUCGGCGUUUUUAUGAUAUUUUAUUUUUCUUUAUCUACAUUAUUUAUUUGCGACAUUUGUGCUAACUUAUAUUGUGUGUUCUCAAUAUUAUUGAAAAAGACUCAAAGGGAAAAAAUGUACAUGUUUUGAGAACUAUUGUAGAUCAAAAGUAAACAUAAUUUUAUUAUCAUGGGUAGACUAUUGUGUGACAAAAAAUAAUUAAUUUUUUAUGUCGAGUUUCCAUUCCUUAAUGGAACGGGGAAAAAUGAUCCACCUUAUUCACAACAACACUUCUUACAUGAAUAGGUGUUUGCCAUAGGGGUAAUGACUACUUUCUGAACACAAUAUGAGUAUAGACCUCAUAUGCUUUUGUUAAUGAAGAAAUAUUAUGUUAUGGUAUUACUAGUAAUCGAGUAUCAAACUCGUCCUCCACAGAGUGACAGAAUUUAUUAUUCAUAUAAUUUCACGAUCUGUCCAUCUAUCUUUCUCAUCUAGUAAAGCUACAUAAAGGGAAGUUGGAUAAUUUUCAAGUAUGAGGUUGAAAGAGACAUAUUCAUUGUAUGGAUGUACACAAUUUGAGGGUAAGGAAACAUGAAAAGUGCAAUGGUAUAAAAGAACUGCUAAACGUAUGUGUUAUUGAAUUGUUGUUCUUGUAGUACAAGUUUACAACCAUUUGUUACAACAAAGUGAUGUUGAAAGUAAGGGAAAAAGUAAUAGAAUUGGAGAUUUGGCGGUACACAUUUAACAAAAAUAGAAAUAGUCAAUGAGUAGCAAAGAUGUCACCACUACUUAUCAUGCCCUCGCAAGUGAAGCCUUGAAGAGGUCAAACUUGGUGUAGAACCGCUAAAAGGGAAGACGUGGUAAGGGCUUCAUGAGAACAUACGCUAAUUGGCCAGGAGAAGGAAGAUAGUGAACAUAAAGUUUUUGUUUGUUGACGCCAUCUCGAACAAAAUGGAACUCGAUCUCCAUGUGUUUGGACCAGUUGUGGAAGACAGAAUUGUGGGCCAGAUAACUUUCUAAGCAAUAGUUUCCAAAGCAUGAUUGUGGGGUUGAGUUUAUCCCCCUUACCUUCUCAAAUCAUUAUAGAGUGAUGGUAGUCCCAACAAUCCCUAGAAAGAGAUUCCCUAAGUAUUUUUUUCCUUUGACAUGUGGAUCCAACAUAACGACUAUGAUACUUAGUUAAGAAAUGUAUGGACUGAUUAAUCAUAUGGGCCCCAAUUUUUUUGAAUAAGAAGGAGUUCUAUGCUUUGAAGCAUGAGCUUAAGUAGCUCAAUCACAAUGAGUUUUAUAAUAUAUAUGGUAGAGUGAAAGAGGUAGAAUUUAAAAUGAAGGAGUUGCAUGUUCUUUCCCUUCAUAACCAUAUAAAAAAUUCUUAUAGCAAGGUGAAUGAUGCAACAUAAGAAUUUAGGGUGAUGCAACAAGCUGAAGAAAGAUUUUUUAGGCAGAGGUAUCAGAUACAGUGGCGCACCCUUGAGGAUUCAAAUACUUCUUACUUUCGUAAGACCGUAAAAUUAAGAAUGCCUAGAAGCAAAUAAGAAAGCUAGUAUUAGAGUCUGAUACAGUUGUAACUGAGGAAGAGCAAAUUGCUAAGGAGGUUAUAGAGUUCGACAAGAAUUUGUAUGGGGCGAAAAAUGAAGCGGUCCAUCCAAAUAGAGCCAUAAUAAGUUUAUUUGUGAGGAAACAAGUUAGUUGACAUGGCAAACAAGCUCUUUGUGCAAAGCUUACAAACCAAGAGAUAAAGGGAAGUUCUCUUCUUAAUGGAUCCUACAAAGGCUCUGGCUCUGAUGGCUAGUCAGUGGGAUUUUAUAAAACAUGUUGGAGUGUUGAUGGUAAGGAUGUGUGUGCAGGAGUGAAGGAGUUAUUUGGAGACAAGAGAAUCCCUCGAGGUAUUAAUAAUGCCUCUUUAACACAUGCUCCUAAAACACCUAAUGCUUAUACUAUGCCAACUUUUUAUACCUAUUGCUUGCAUUAACGUGCUAAAUAAGAUAAUCUCUAAGGUGUUAGCUAAUAGGAUCCAACUGGUCUUGCUUAGCAUUAUUAGUCAUAACAACUAGAAGGCUUUUGAUUCUGUCGACUAGACCAUUUUUCUGUGCAAUGAAGGUGAAAUAAUUCACAAUAAAUUUUAUUCAAUGGA